AUGCGAAAUGACGGAAUGAGCACGUGACUUUUAUCACGACUGUUUUUGACGGACAUUUGAACUACUUUUGUUAAGUAUGCGGAGUUGCCUGGUCUUUAGGAAGAUUGCAUUCAUAGUCCAGCGCGUCUCUUCCGAUGAAGUCCAUUUUUUUCUGCAAUAUUUCUUGAAUUACAGAAGAUACAUUAAGCAAUAUGACACCAUUCAACAUACAGGAUUUAAUUAAAGUCAAACGAGGUUUUACAGACG